CCGUGUAAUGGUCUAGAUUUUUGAAAUUGACGCCAAAGAUCAGACAUACAACAUUGGACCCUUCCUUGUCUGUAUUUGUAAGCAAUAUAAUCUACAAAUUAAAGUAGCUAUAUAGGUGACCACAAUCUUCACAUACAAUCCAAAUUAAACCAUGGAUUUCACUCUGCCAUCCAUUGUAGCACCUUUUGCUACCACUCUUCUACUCGUCGUUCUUAUCUACCACUUUUUAUUUCAUAAAAGGUCCAGCCAAAAACCACCGGAAGCCGGCGGCGCAUGGCCAAUAAUCGGCCAUCUCCACCUCCUCGCCGCCCCACGGCCAGCCUUCAAAAUCUUGGCCGACAUGGCGGACAAAUACGGGCCUAUUUUCCGAUUAAGGCUGGGCGCGCAUCAAGUCCUGGUGGUUAGCAACUCGCAAAUCGCCAAAGAAUGUUUUACCACCAACGACAGGGCUCUCGCUAGCCGUCCCAAGGCCAUAGCUUCGGAGAUCAUGGGAUACAACUACGCCAUGCUUGGGCUAGCUCCGUACGGACACUACUGGCGCCAUGCCCGAAAGGUUGUCAUGCUCGAGCUGCUCUCCAACCGCCGUCUCGAGGCGCUCCGACGGGUUUGGGAAUCGGAAGUAAGAUCAUUUACCCAAGAAAUCUACGGAAGGUGGGUGAGGGAUAAGGAUAAUGAAUCCGAGGAUGUAAAGCUGGACAUGAAGGAGUGGUUUGGGAAACUAACCAUGGACAUCAUGACAAAGAUUCUUUUUGGGCAGCGGUACGAUGAAGAAGGAAACCAGACAGUAGUGACGAUUAGGAGAUUCUUUGACCUUCUGGGGGCGUUUGUUGUGGGUGAUUAUCUGCCAUGGCUAAGAUGGAUGGACAUAGGAGGGCAUGAGAAGGCCAUGAAGGAGACAGCCAAAGAGAUGGACAGUUUAGUGGAAGGUUGGUUACAAGAACAUAAAAGGAAAAGAGACACGAAACCUAAAGAGGAAGAAGACUUCAUGGAUGGAUUGCUGUCCAGUUUUGGGGAUGCCAAUGAUAUUCCAAAGGAUUUUGGAGCCGACACAAUUGUGAAAGCUACUUGCAUGGCUAUGUUAUCGGCCGGUACAGAUACAACUACGAUAACAUUAAUAUGGGCCCUCUCUUUAGUAUUGAACAAUUAUACUGUGUUAGAGAAGAUCCAAGCUGAGCUAGACACUCAUGUCGGGAGAGAAAGGCACAUCAACCACUCCGACCUAAACAACUUGACUUAUCUUCAAGCAGUUGUGAAAGAAACUUUACGUUUAUAUCCUGCAGGUCCUCUAGCGCUGCCACACGAAUUUAUAGACGAUUGCAUUAUAAAUGGCUACCACGUCCCAAAGGGUACACGUGUAUUGGUGAAUGUUUCUAAGGUACAUCAAGAUCCAGAUUUUUGGUCAGAUCCCAAUGCUUUUAGGCCAGAGAGAUUCUUGAGUGAGCAUAACAAGAUUGACGUUAAGGGCAAUGAUUUUGAGUUAAUUCCAUUUAGCAGUGGGAGGAGAAUGUGUCCUGGAACAUCUUUAGCAAUCCAAGUUAUGGAGUUCAUUUUAGCUAGUCUUAUUCAAGGUUUUGAUUUAAAAAGGAUUUCUGAUAUGCCUAUUGACAUGACAGAUGGUGUGGGACUAACGAAUAUGAAAGCAACUCCACUCUUUGCUUCUCUAACCCCACGCCUGCCUUCGCACCUUUAUAAUUGAGUUGGUUAUUAUAUUUAUAUAGGUUCUCUCCUUUAAUUUAUGUAAGCACAAGUUUCGUGUCCUUUGACAUAAGGGACAAACCAAUGCCAUUCCUAAAGGUAAUAAGGAAGAAGGGUGUUUACCACUUUCUUUUACAGUAUGCUAGUGAUAAUAUCAGAUUAUAUCUAAAUUGCUCCAAUAAACUUAUUCCUUGUCUGUACAUUUAAAAUUGACUGUCUUUAUAGAUGUAUUGGUGUGUCAUCAUUUCAAUAAUUUUGUUCAUUGUA